CUGAUUUAAGCCUCCCCCUAUGCUUUCUCCAUAAUAAUCCCCAAAAACUGUAUACAAAAAAUUGAAACCCUAAUUUGAGAGGCGAGUGUGAUUUAAUAAAAAGAAAGAAUGGCGGAACAUCUGGCAUCGAUAUUUGGAACGGAGAAAGACAGAGUAAACUGUCCAUUUUAUUUCAAGAUCGGCGCGUGUAGGCACGGCGAUCGGUGUUCGAGGUUACACACAAAGCCAAGUGUAAGCCCUACAUUAUUGUUAUCUAAUAUGUAUCAGCGCCCGGAUAUGAUUACUCCUGGUGUUGAUGCUCAAGGCAAUCCUAUCGAUCCUAGAAAAAUCCAAGAUCACUUUGAGGAUUUUUAUGAAGAUCUCUUUGUGGAGCUGAACAAAUAUGGGGAAAUUGAAAGUUUGAAUGUCUGUGACAAUCUUGCCGAUCACAUGGUGGGAAAUGUUUAUGUUCAGUUUAGGGAGGAAGAAUAUGCUUCAAAAGCACUGAAGAACCUUACAGGGAGAUUCUAUGCUGGUCGACCCAUCAUCGUUGACUUUUCACCAGUGACUGAUUUCCGGGAAGCUACUUGCAGGCAAUAUGAGGAGAACACUUGCAAUCGUGGUGGUUAUUGCAACUUUAUGCAUCUAAAAAAGAUUGGCAGGGAAUUGAGGCGGGAGCUGUUCGGUAGGUACAGAAGGCAUAGCCGUAGCCGGAGCAGGAGCAGAAGUCCAUAUAGACAUAAAAGCUAUGAUGAGCGGGGCCAUGGAAGCCGUGGCCAUAGCCGAAGGUAUGAUGAUAGGGACCGGGAUAGGGAUUACUACUAUGAUAGUCGGUCCAGGAGACACAGGAGCACAAGCCCACUGCAUAGGAGAGAUCGCAGCAGAAGUUCGGAAGGUAAAAGACACCAUAGUCCUGUUAGGGAAGGUAGUGAAGAAAGGCGUGCCAAAAUUGAGCAAUGGAACAGGCAAAGGGAAGAAAGGCGUGCGGAUGAUAGUGCAAACAGAAACAAUUAUAUGAAGAAUGGUGAUGGAUCCUACGAUCAGCAAUCUGAGUACUAAAUUGGAUGUUUGUUUGGCAAGGGUAUUCUGAUGGUCGUGUGACAGGGAUUUGCAGGUGCAGGAGUUGAGAGUCUUGUGUUAUGUGUUAUUGUAAUGAGGUUAGGGGUGAGGAUUCACUGAGUUUAGAUUCAAAUUUUCAGUAUUCUUAUUUGGACAAGUGAUUCGGUAUUUUUAAAUUUUUGUAUGUUGAUGUUGUUGGAAUCUUGUUCUUCCGUUAAUGCAUCUUUGCUUUUAAGUGGUUAAA